AUGAAGUCAACAGCAUCAUUACAUUCCGAUCCGAAUCAUCACAUGAAAAGUCCUUCUCCUGCUGGUGAUGCCAUAAUGAACCAUCAUCCUCACUAUCAACCAGAUAUUUAUCCUUCAAGAACAAGCAAAAUGAACCACUCUAUGGACCACUAUUGGAACAACAAGCCUUUUAUUGGAGAUGAUGGAGAAGUCAUGAAUGAAGAUGAAGCACUGGAUAAGUUUACUCUGCCAUCAUCAUCAAUAACAACAACAACAGAACAAGAUCAUUCAACUUCUCCUCCUCGAAUUUCCAUUCUUUCAUCCACAACUAAAUUCCAUGAAACCCAUGUGUCAUCAUCAUCAUCAUCCACUGAGGAGGAGCUCAGACUUGUUCCAUCUCAUAGUAGUAAUAACUAUACUUCCAAACCCAUCUUGAUAAAUACUAGUAUGAUGCCGACAGCAACGACAACAACAAGUACUUGUCCUCCAAUAAUCAUGAGUUCUGUUGUGGUUUCUUCUCCAAUGGAAAGUCCAUGGUCUCCUCUCAUGCUUGAACCACAGCAGUCGACCAUGUCUUCUCUGACACCGACGUCUCCAUUGUUGUCGUCGUCAUUGUCUCCAUCGUCAUUGUCCACAAAUGUCAUUGUCGAAACAUAUAGUAAUAAUUCGACUCCUGUGGAUAUUCAUACUUCGAUGGAUCCUUUACUCAUGAUGGGACGACAUUCUGCCAUGACGACUACGACAGCAACGACAACAACAACAACCACGACACGACAUCGAUCCAAUUCAUCGGGAGGAACUUUUCGACGUGUACGUGGUGUCGAACAUCAAGAGCAACAACACAAUUACACAACAAGUAAUUAUUUGGAAUAUGAGAAUGAUGAGGAUUUUCAAUGGGAAGCGUUCAAGAGAAAUAUGAUGAAAAAAGAACAAAUUCUUGAAGCACACCAUUGGACGAAACAAGAUCAUUUGCAAUCCUUUCCUCCAAAAAUGGAUUCAUCUUUGAAUCAUGGUGUAAAUCACAAAAAUCUGUGA